UUACCUAUAUAGUGCCCGGGUCCCGGAGAUCGAGAAAGCUGAAAACUCACAAGUGGCAACAUUUUAUAACGUCAUAUAUAGUGUUUUUCUGCAUUUCACCAUUACAUGCUUUGUUUUAAUUUUCUUUAUUUAUUAGGUAGCUAUCUUUAUUUAUUAUUACAAUAAGUAAUAAUGCAUAAAAUCAUCAACGUGCUGAUUCUUGAUUUAUAAACUUUAUGAGAAUCGGAAUACAAUAAUACCGUCCACGCGGAAUUGUCCAUUGAUUGUAAUGGAAAACCUUGAUCAAAGUAACAAUAAAAACGUGUCGCUCAGUCUAAUAGCUGAAUAUGGCUCGGAAUCGGAUUCGGAGGAUACCCGAUCGAAUGAGCACACCGCACAAGAUGACUCGGAUGCUGUCGAAUUAAGUGAAAUGGUUUUGAAAAAUAACAUUAUCAAUGCUUGUGCCCACGGACCCCUUGCUGAAGGUAGUAGUGAGAAUGUGGUCACCAUGAGACACAUGAUCAUCGACAGUUCAGAGAGCGGUGUUAUGGAGUAUGAUGUGACUGAGUACCGCGAGCUGGACAGCGACUCCGACUCGAGUUCGGACGACUCGAGUGAUAUUGAUUCUGUGAAGGAUAUUGAGGAACUUUCUAGCGGCGAUGAACAAGAAGGUAGUAACAGGCCUGGUAAGUUAGAAACUCCCAAAGUGCACGGCGAACUGGGUUUGGAUGACCUGCCGCCGAUUGAGGAUCUUGCCAUUAGUCUGCCGGCCCAGGAGACUAUAAAAAUUGGAAAAAUUGCAAGCAUAGUUGAUAGAUUAGUUAUAGUUCGUGCUUUCGAAGCAACCCCAGCCGUUGAUCUGGAUAGUGUACUAUUUUUGGAUAACGGUGCCAAAGCAUUGGGCAAAGUAUUUGAUGUUUUUGGACCGGUAACAGAACCUCAUUACUGCGUCCGUUUUAAUUCGUUGGAGCACGUCCGAGAGCGGGGCGUUGUUACGGGUGCGGACGUGUACAUAGCGCCUCGCAGCGCGCACACCAGCUACGUGUUUCUAGCUGAGCUCAUGAAAGUCAAAGGCUCAGAUGCGUCGUGGCUGAACGAUAUAGAGCCUCCUCCGAGUCACGUGGAUUAUUCUGAUGAUGAGGAGGAGAGACGAGCCAACAGAACCAGGAAGGAACAGCGACAGAACAAACAAGAGGACUCCGGGGACGGGGGCACGUCCGACAACCAGCCGAGGAGAGUACUCGAGGCCAAACGACAUCAGCGACCCUCCGAGUCGAGUAGUCGCUUUGGCGGAAACUACCGAGGACCGCCAGGCUUCAGGAGGAACCCUUCGAGCUUCAUAAGAAACACCAGACCCUGGGACGACCAGACCAGGACGCCGCCCCACCCCGUCGAUCCCAACCAGCCGUUCUUUCCUACAUUCAAUCCGUUCAUUCCGUUCAUGAACGGCAACCCGUUCGGCAGGUCCCGGAUGCCAGCCAUGCCGCCGUACCGCCAACACGUGCCGAUGUUCGGCGCCAAUUACAACAUGUCCGGGCCGAAGCCCCAGUGGAGUCCCGGCCCUCCGCCCCCGCCCGGGACCUAAUUCCUCACCUCAAUGUAUACAUAUAAUUUUAAGUAUGUUCUUAUAAAUAUAUUUAGUCAUUAGCUAGUGCUGUGUCUAACAAUACUAGUAUGCUUAUCCAAAUAUCUAUAUUUAUAUGAAUAAAUGGUAUUGUACAAAA